CUCAGCUAAAUAAGCAUGGUCUGCACUAGCAGCUAUGAAGUGAAUGUAGCAAGACUCAGGACACGGGGACCAGAGCCAUUGAUGGCAAAUACAGAGGACUCCACUAGAGUUAUGAAAGCCAAAUUGUUAAAGUGCGUCUCCUCAUUUUGAUGGUCAAAAUAACAUAUUGUCGGAAGAAAAACUGCGUAGGUUCGCAAUAUGUAUAUGAUUUGAGAAAGGAAGUAUCUCGUAGGACACUUCUCACCCCGCUUGAGGAACCGUAUUUCGCAGUUUGGAUUCAAAUAGACUUUAUAAUGCGUAUGAGAAUACAGUUCAAGCAAUGUUGGAAACGGUGCAAUUGGUGGCGAAAGAGAAGCUAUUCCCAAUGUAAAAAUAAGCUCAAAAUGGUGCAGUGGAGAUAUAUGGCCGUGAGGACCGUUCAAGAUUGCUCGUCUUUUGUGUAUUAAUGCAGAGACUAUUCUGUAGUAUCAUUUUGAAAAAUGCUUUCUGUACGAAACUGCUGUAUUGUGACCCAUGAAUAAGUUAGCUGCUCAUUUGAAGCGUGACGAUGUAUUGAAGUUAGAGUGGCGUCGUGAUUCUAGCCUUACGGUAAUUGUAAGACUUAGCUUGUGGUUUUAGCGUUCGCUAGCCUACAAUGAUGAAUAUCAAGCUUCCUUCCAUCUUUCCAACCACAUUCUCUCCAUUAUAAUGUAAAUUCAUUCACCACCACCUCUUAACUUCAAACAAUCACAAUCAAAAUGGACGAUGAUGAUGAUUUCGGUGCAGAUGCAGAUUUUCUAACAGCUCUCGCACAAACCCCCAUUCUAGCUUCACCUGCAACCCGCCUUCAACAACCUACCCCGCAACGCGUUCAACAACCUACUCCACAACGUCUUGAUCGCCCACCACCGACGAAUAAUGCAUCCGCAGGCCCCAAAGUUGUUCAACCAACUCCCCAAGCUAUUGCUUCGAGAUCUUCUGGUUCAACGAUUCAAGUAUCAUUGCGACAGAAAGGCAACCCAAUACUGACAAAUCUUAAAUCCUUUCCAUGGGAAUACUCAGAUAUUCCUGCAGAUUAUGUCCUCGGAGCAACAACAUGCGCACUCUUCCUAUCACUCAAAUACCAUCGAUUACAUCCCGAAUACAUAUACAAUCGAAUAAAGGGUUUACAGGGUAAAUACAAUCUACGAAUACUCCUUACAAUGGUUGAUAUUGGGAAUCACGAAGAGAGUUUGAAGGAAUUAUCAAAGACAAGUUUGGUGAAUAAUGUUACCGUCAUAUUAUGCUGGUCUGCUCCUGAAGCUGCCAGAUAUCUUGAAUUAUAUAAGAGUUAUGAACAUGCAAAUGCUAGCGCUAUUAAAGGUGUUGAAAGUAAGAGUUAUGGGGAUAAAAUGGUAGAUUUCAUUACAGUCCCAAGGAAUAUUAAUAAGACGGACGCUGUCGCAUUAGUUGAUGCAUUUGGAAGUAUUAAGAAUGCUAUCAAUGCAAGACCAGAAGAAAUUGCUGUUGUUAAUGGUUGGGGAGAUAAAAAGGUCAGAAAGUGGUGCGGAGUUGUUGAUGAACCAUUUAGAGCACGAAAGGCAGCUCGUAGAGGUUUGAGUAGGAGGGAAACAACAGAAGAUGGGGCAGAAAUAUUAGGAGUUUUAGAUCGUGCUAUACCUCUUAGUCGUGUUCCGUUGAGAGAAAUGACUUCUUUAGGGGAGAAAUCUACCGACUCGUCACAUCAAAGUCAAAGUCUUUCAAAGGAGAGACAAGAUGAUUGGAUAACAGGCGAUGACGAUGAAGAAGCAUUAAUCUGGGCCGCUCAGCAAGAAGAAGAUAGAUUAGCUCGAGAGAAGAGAAAAGAGAUGGCAAGAAAAGAUGAAGAACUUAGUGGAGGAGUUGCCGCAGCUUUAGCAAAGUUACGUGAGAAACACUGAGAUAUUUGAGGAUUAUGAUAUUCUAUUGCUAUUUCUUCAUCUACUGUGAUGUAUCUCUAACCUGCUGAAUGACAUUCUCUUACUCUACAUGAACUCGGGAAUCGACCUAAGAACAUAUUUUGCUGUGGACAAUGAACUGCUGGUUUGCCUAUCCUUCCAUUUUGGGCUAAUGUCAUGACUUUCAUGUCCUGACACUUAUUAUGCGCAACGUUCUAUCCCUACAGCGUUGCGUUGCCUUUAAGCUCUGGCUAAAUCUGAGGAUCUCGUGUUUGAAUCCCAAUGGUGCGGCAGGCCUUUAGACCACAUCCCGAUUGAUAUUCCAGUAGAGACUAUAAUUUGAGGUUGGAAACUAGAAUAGCGUUUUCCACGAUAAUCUCAAUUUACCUGCAAUAGGAACCAUGUAUGUAGGCCAUAUACGUGGGCCAAAUAUUCCAUGCUGCUAAAAUGUUAAAUCUUGAAACCAGUCAAUUUCGAUUUGAUGUAUGGGUUGGACUAGACCUCCCAUUACAUAUCAUGUUUUUGACGGUCUUUUUUGCAGAUAUAUCUCUCCUUUUAUGCAUUUUGUGUUGCAUUCUAUACGGUCUUGACUCUGUAUUAUGGAGAAGGCUUGUGUACCUUCUCGUCAAAGGUUUAACCUCUCUUCUUCAAUUUCUCUGUCUGGUCGAGGCUGUCCUCAACAUCUUCAUCGCCUUUGGUGUUUUAUUUACCGAUAUCCUCUUCCUUUUCAAUUUUCUGAC